CAGAACUCAAAUCGUAAACAAAGUGCAAAUGCCCAAGCUACAUGCUCAUCUUCGGUACUGGAAAGAAAAACAUGCUGAAGAAUUGAAAGUUAUUGUUACCUCUAUUAUUUUUUCACUUAUACACUUAGAAUAAUGGUUGAACCCGAAGUGAGAAGGGCUUCCGAUCCACGGGUUGCUAGGAAAUUACAUUUUGCUAUAAAAAAGACAUGUGAACAGAAGCAGGCGCCAAUUUGUGAACGUAUUUUUCGUGCACUGGCCAUAGACAAGGUCCAGAUAACCCGGUCGAGGCUUGAGAUGCAGCUAAAAAAUUCAGUUCAUGAUGGUGUUAUAUUAGAAAGCAACUCAUCUGCACAGCGUGGAAAGAGUAGCAAUGGCGAGGUGAAAGCCUCAUACAGAGUGCCCAGUCUGGAGAAUUUUUACGAGAACUAUGAAGAUGACGGACACGAUUGGUAUUGUUGGGUUUGUCAUCGAGAAGGAGAAGUUUUUCUAUGUUCACGUUGUCCUCGCGUUAUCCAUAAAAAAUGUGCUGAAGUCACUGUUGAAGAUAUUUCAGAAGAUUUUGUUUGCUACUGCUGCAAGGAUCUUGAAUCAACUAAGCAAUAUGGAAAAAAGGAACUACAGGAAUUGGCUACUAUGUUGGGUUUUACAGUUGAGCGCAUGAAAAGCAAGUGUGAGGAAUUGUGGACCAGUCCUACAGAAGAAGAAGAACCGACGUUCAAAUUAUUUAUUUACAAAGACACAAAUCUUAUCGAGCUUGAGAAGAAAGUUCGUAGACGAGAAUUUGACAGUCUUGCUAAAUUUCACUAUGAAAUCGAAUGGCUAUUUCACAAUGCCGUUAUAUUCUAUGGAGGUGAAAAUAAAAUCACAAACUUAGCUCGAAUGGUAGUUUUAGAUGGACAGAAUGAGUUAAGUCAAAUUGACAUCUGCUCCGAGUGCUACAUUCGUUCAAAUGAACGCAUGCAUGAUUGGUUCUGUUUGCCAUGUAAACCUCCACACCGAAUUGUUUAUGCGAAACUUGGAAGCGAUCCACCAUGGCCCGCAAAGUUGCUACGCGAAAAUGAAGAUAAUACAAUGGUCGACGUCAGAUUUUUUGGCGCACCAUACCAGAGGGCUUGGAUUCCGGUUCGUAAUAUUUGGUCGAUGGAAGAUAAGCCAGCUAACAAAAAGCGAUCGAAAGCAUUGGUGCAAUCAGAGAAUGAGUUAAAGUUAUACUUGCGUCUUUUGGCUAAAGCGAGAAAGCAAGCUAAGAAUACAAUAAGUAAUUCCGAUGAUACGGCAACUGAAGAAGAAAUUGACGACGAAGAGGAAGAAUCUUUUACUCACGUUCAAAGGAAGCGACAUAAAUACGACAAAGAAGACGAAGAUGACGAAGAACUAGCCGACGAAGAGGAGGAAGAAGAGAUGGAAGACGACGACGACGAUAACGAUAGUGUGACGGAGUACAAAUCAGCCAAGCGGAAAAAGAAAAAAGAUAAAAACAAAUCGAAAGAAGGGAAGAACAAGCGCGAUAGAGGUGACCAAAAAGUAAAACCGCGCAAGUUAAAAGCAGAGAAAAAAUUCCGAGAACUACAAGAAGCUAAACUGCUGGAAUAUAAAAAGCGGCAGCAAAGAAUUAAGUCUACCACCAGAGAAGUGAAAGUCUCGCUUAACAGAGCUGACAUAAAUGACAAUAUUAGUAGCCAUGAUGACAGUGCGGACAUGCAACUAGCGAAGCAAAUAAAAAUGACAGACGACUAUAAAAUGAUUGAAAAACUACAAGAACGUGUGCGACAGUUGGAAAAGUCGCUCGAUCAAGUAAAAAACGAAUACGAAAAUGCUCAGGCCGAACUUGAGUCCACCCGUGUUGAUUUAGCGGCAGAAAAACAAAAGAGCAAACGAUUACAAGAACAACUCGAUAAAGGUCAGGAAAUGAGUAUUGAGAAACUUAAAAGUGAUAUGCAAUUAAAGAAGCAGGAUGAUUUAGAUGCGGCGGUUGAAGAGGAAAGAAAAAGAAACGAGAUGGAAUUCCAAGUACGAUUAAAUGAAGCUCUUGUCGAUGAAAGACAACUUGCUGAAGCUAGAGUACAAGAGGCUGUAGAGAAAGAGCGGGCACAACUUGAAGGGAAAGCGAAAUCGAUAAGUCAACGCGAUCGUGAAGAAAUGCAACGCAACUUGGAGUUGUACAAAUCACAAGCGGAGAUAAAACACAACCACGCGAUAGAGGAGACCGUACGAAAGCUGAAGAUCGAAGCCGAAAUGACGAAACGGGCGUUGCAAGAAAACAUGAGGCGUGUACAGAUGGACACGGAACGUAUGGUAGCAGCUGCAAAGAAGAAAUCGUGGUGUUCCAACUGCACAAAAGAGGCUUUCUAUCAUUGUUGCUGGAACACGAACUAUUGUUCAAUUGAUUGCCAACGCAUCCAUUGGACUUCUCAUCGUUACCAGUGCACACGUGAAAUGAUGUCCACCUGUCGCUCGUGUCAGCAAAGACAAAAUUUUACAAGUAAUCUCGCUGGCCAGGUGCCUCCGAAAUAAUGUUUUUCUCUGAAAAACUACGAGUUUUUUUAACUAAAGUGUUGAAGUCCAUGGUAAAUGUGGUUUGUUACCACUAAGUGAUUUCACAGUGGCGUAAGAUGUAAAUUGUGAGAAAAUGUGUUGCUUCAUUUCAUUUCAAUAUGUACAGGUGUGAAAACAAACUGUCUGCGAAUGCGUUUACGCUCAACUUUUGCUAUCCAACGUAUCUUUAAAUCAUCCAGUUGUCUUCUUCUCUCGAUGAUUUAAACUGACAUAUUUUUUGUCUCGUUUAUUUACUGAUUUCCUUCUUGAUGUCUUAGUUGCUCUCCUCCACAUGUGCUGCUUUGUAUAGCGAAUUGUACAUUCUUUUAACGUGGUUAUUUUUGACUACAUAGUAUGUGAGUGUAUGUAUAUAUAAAUAUAUAUAUAUAUCUAUUUUUAGCAUAAUAAGUGUGACAGUUUAAUAUUAUUUUUAUUUCUCGUUACAUUUUAUUUAUUUAUUUUCUCAGCGCGUUCGUUAGUUGCCUGUAGUUUUUAGCAACUUUUAAUGAAAAGGGACUUCGCAGGCGACAACAACGGUGGAGUCACAAGACACGCCCCUCUCUUUUUGGUUAUUGAAGUACUGCAAUGUGAAAUUCGAGUGUGUUUUGAAUUUUGAAUUUUUUGCCUCACCCGGCAUACGAUGGGCGGUGGUUUGUAAUUUAAUUUUCCAUAUUUUUAAAAUAUUUGCUAUGAUAUUUUUAAAGCAAGUCUGUUUUUCUGACGAAAGAUAUCCGCAAACUUACUGCAGCCCUUCUUGCAUUUGGAUGUGACGUCAAAGAGAACUUUUCCAUCCCAACUGCAGCUUCUACUUUUAAUAGAAUGUGGCAAAGAGAAAAUAUUUCCGCCAUUUAUCUCGCAAGAUGUUUAGCUAUACGCGUUCUUGUUUACAAUCCACAUAUUUUUUCUUUCUUUUUUUUACUUAAAUUACCGGACCAGAAUUUCACAACGUUAUGUGGUUUUAUAUCUAAUUUUUUUAUUUAUUUAAUUCGUGUUUUCAAAUUAUAUAUAAAUAUUUAGUAACAAUUUUUUUUAUUCUAUGUAAGUGAUUUUUGUUCACGUGACAUUUUAUUCUCCUCACCAUUCCUCGCUCUUCAAACAUGUCCAACAUGUUUGUAGCAUUCUUUAUAAAAAAAAUUUUUUUUUCACCUUCGCGGUAAGCUGCAUAAAUUUUGCCCAAAUUAUACCACCAAUUUUCCCUAUAUCAAUUUUUUGUCGUCGUUUGUCCUAGGUCUUAGUUUUGUUUGGUGGGGUAUACAUUUAUUUAUUAACACAUAGUUUUAGAUGUAGUAUUCUUACUCCAAAGUUAUAUAAUAUGUUAACUGUAAUAUUGGAAGAUAGGUUUUAGAGUUAGUAGAACAUGCGUACAAAUGUAUAUAUAGUUUUAUUGUCAUA